UGACUUUUAUCGAGUUCUUUGGCGGCGUUGGUUCAAGUUAGGAGGAGUUUGGUAUUACAUUUAUCAACUUUAUUAGAAGUAAUCGCCCAGGAUAAUCCAACGCAACGAUGGGGAAGAAAAACACCAAAAACAAGAACAACAAAAAGCCGUCUAAAAAGGCGGUCAAACGCGCGGCGGAGAAAGAAUUGCGGAAGGCGGCCAAGUUUGAGAUGCUCCAGAAUCGCAACAAAUACCAGGAACCGAUUAAGGAGAGGCUGAAAGCAAGAAACUGCCCGCAUCAGGAGAUUGGGAAUAUGUUCCGCAGCGUAAAGUGCAAGGAGGCUAUGUGGAAACAUCAGGACCCGGUGCCGGUGCGUUUCUGCUAUUCGAACUACCCGGCGAGAUGGAUGAAAUCCACGGAGGAGAUUCAACACCUUAUCAAUUUCGUCAACAACGAUUGCUCGCGAAAUGGGGCGAAAAAGCCAAUUUACUCGAACAACGUGGGCGGCUACUUGCUGCUAUUGAUGCAAGACGAGGCGAGUGCCGAGUAUGUGAACGGAUUGCUUGACAAGCUGAACAGCAGCUUCCCAGACGAAGGGCUGCGGGUGCCCUCGCUGGAGGAAAUUAAGACGUUCCACGACGGCUGGGAGGAGCGAAGCCCGAACAUGUUCUCCAAGUACCUGAAGGGUGGUGCCCUGCGCGUGCCGAAACCCAAGGCCAACUAGACGAUCUCGACGGCGUUUUCUUAUUUUGUUGAUUAACUCUUUAUUUUCAUUGACGAAUGCUGAAUUGAUUUUUUUUUCGUCACGCGGUUAGAUUCUGAAUCUACGAGUACUGAAUUAACAUUUCUAACUUUUAGUUUAACAAUCAAAUGUAUUGUUGCGCAAUAUAAUUAGAAUAAAUGAGGCUCCUGUAGUCCUGUA